ACCACCACCACCACCACCACCACCACCACCACCACCACCACCACCACCACCGCUGCGGCUCUGCAGCCCUCCGGCCGGCGGUGCACCGCUCCUCCAGUACUUCGCGGCUCGGCGGAGGGUCGGACUGCCAAGUUCAUGCAGCCGCGCGGUGAGCGCCCGGCCGGCAGGACGCAGAGCCCGGAGCACGGUAGCCCAGGGCCCGGGCCCGAGGCGCCGCCGCCGCCACCCGCCCCAGAGGCAGAGCGUGCACGGCCCAGGCAGGCCCGGCCCACAGCCCCCAUGGAGGGUGCCAUGCAGCUGCUGACCCGAGAAGGCCACAGUGUGGCCCACAACUCCAAGCGGCACUACCACGACGCCUUCGUAGCCAUGAGCCGCAUGCGGCAGCGCGGGCUCCUGUGUGACAUCGUCCUACACGUGGCGGCCAAGGAGAUCCGUGCACACAAGGUGGUGCUGGCCUCCUGCAGCCCCUAUUUUCACGCCAUGUUCACAAAUGAGAUGAGCGAGAGUCGACAGACCCAUGUGACACUGCAUGACAUUGAUCCUCAGGCCUUGGACCAACUGGUGCAGUUUGCAUACACAGCUGAGAUUGUGGUGGGCGAGGGCAAUGUGCAGACACUGCUCCCAGCCGCCAGCCUCCUGCAACUGAAUGGUGUCAGAGACGCCUGCUGCAAGUUCCUGCUGAGUCAGCUGGACCCCUCCAACUGCCUAGGAAUCCGGGGCUUUGCCGACACACACUCAUGCAGUGACCUGCUCAAGGCAGCACACAGGUACGUGCUGCAGCACUUCGUGGACGUGGCCAAGACCGAGGAGUUCAUGCUCUUGCCGCUAAAGCAGGCACCUUCAGGGCUCCCUGGGCACACAGGACCCUCCCUAGGUCUCAGGUCUGAGGGCCCCCACCUCCAGGUGCUGGAAUUGGUCUCUAGCGACAGCCUGAAUGUGCCUUCAGAAGAAGAUGUCUACCGUGCAGUCCUGAGCUGGGUCAAACACGAUGUGGACACUCGGAGGCAGCAUGUCCCCCGGCUGAUGAAGUGUGUGCGGCUGCCUCUGCUGAGCCGUGACUUUCUCCUGGGUCAUGUGGAUGCCGAGAGUCUUGUGCGACAUCAUCCCGACUGCAAAGACCUGCUUAUUGAAGCCCUCAAGUUCCACUUGCUGCCUGAGCAGAGAGGCGUCCUGAGCACCAGCCGCACUCGGCCUCGGCGCUGUGAGGGUGCCGGCCCUGUGCUCUUUGCUGUGGGUGGAGGGAGCCUAUUUGCCAUCCAUGGGGACUGUGAAGCUUAUGACACCCGAACUGACCGCUGGCAUGUGGUAGCUUCCAUGUCUACACGUCGAGCCAGAGUGGGAGUAGCUGCUGUUGGAAACAGGCUGUAUGCCGUGGGCGGCUAUGAUGGGACCUCAGACCUGGCUACUGUGGAGUCAUAUGACCCUGUGACCAAUACAUGGCAGCCUGAGGUGUCCAUGGGCACAAGGCGAAGUUGCCUGGGUGUAGCUGUAUUACACGGGCUUUUGUACUCAGCUGGCGGCUACGACGGGGCCUCCUGCCUCAACAGUGCUGAACGCUAUGACCCCCUGACGGGAACAUGGACAUCCAUUGCUGCCAUGAGCACCAGGAGGCGAUAUGUGCGUGUGGCCACACUCGAUGGGAACCUGUAUGCCGUGGGUGGUUAUGACAGCUCCUCACACCUGGCCACUGUGGAGAAGUACGAGCCCCAGGUGAACUCCUGGACUCCUGUAGCCUCCAUGCUGAGCAGGCGAAGCUCUGCCGGUGUGGCAGUGCUGGAAGGUGCCCUGUAUGUGGCAGGAGGAAAUGAUGGCACUAGCUGUCUCAACUCAGUGGAGCGAUACAGUCCUAAGGCUGGCGCAUGGGAGAGCGUGGCACCCAUGAAUAUCCGCAGGAGCACGCAUGACUUGGUGGCCAUGGAUGGAUGGUUGUACGCCGUGGGGGGCAACGAUGGCAGCUCCAGCCUCAACUCCAUUGAGAAAUACAACCCAAGGACCAAUAAAUGGGUGGCCGCCUCCUGUAUGUUCACAAGGCGCAGCAGUGUGGGCGUGGCAGUGCUGGAGCUACUCAACUUCCCACCACCAUCCUCACCUACGCUGUCUGUGUCCUCUACGAGCCUCUGACCUGCCUAUGGACCACAUAGAGGCCCUACAUGCCUUAAGCCCCACAGAGUGGCCCCUGCAUCUCCUUGUCCCCGGCUGAAUGUCGGGGGGGCAGGGUCCACAACUCCCAGCAGGGACAUACUACAAUGUCUGUCCAUGUCUACAUUCAUUCCUGUGUUCGUUUAUGUGUGUGCUGUUUAUUUAUUGAUUGAUUAUUUACUGUUGGAUGAGCAGUUCUGCAGCUACCAGUUAAUGUGUUUACUCUCCAAGUGUGGCUGUUCUGUGUGUGGGGACCAGGCUGCCCUCCAGAGUUUCCUCCCAACUUCCAUCCUGGGGCAGGAGUGAUAAGCGGGGGACACUCUCUGCAGAGGGUUCAGCAGCCAGGAUUAGGAGCAGGAAGAGAUUGGAGGCUUUCUGUAACAGGUGCAGACCCCUAGCCCUUGCUUUGCACAGCACCCUUACCUGGCCCAGCCAAGCACUGUUCCUGGGAAGGGCACAAAGCAGGCUUCCUUCUGUGUCCUGUCUGUAGUUGGUGUCUUUUCUGGGUCUUGUUUGGGGCUGGGCACACAUGCACCCAGACCCUACACAGCAAUAUGAGCCAACUUGAACAAUAAACGUGUUUCUUGGGCUCCAUGGA